UUUGUUUGAAAUUUUAGUAACACGUCAUACAAUGGACGAAUAUUUUAAGGUGAAACUGACAUACUCAAGUCCCUUUUCAUAUUAUCCAGAUGCGGAAGUGGAACCUUCUCUUCUCCAAGAACUUGAGAUCAAUUCUGACCAAAUCCUGCAAAAAAUUCAAAUAAUUUGCCACUUAUCUAGACACCCUGACGAUGAGUGUCUUCUAAAAGACCCAGAUUUGAGUGGUCCCCUUUUUCUAUACUUACUUCUGAGUACCUGCUCGUUUUUAUCUGGAAAUAGUCCGCACUUUGGUUCUGUGUAUGGAAUAUCUGUCGUUUCUUGCGUGUUGAUGUACUGCUUGUUGUCACUGAUGUUUUCCGAACAUGUAUUUCCCGUAACAACCGUCGCUUCGGUCUUAGGUUACAGCUUAGUUCCCAUUGUCGCAUUAUCAGCGUUCGGCAUAUUUUACCCUUUGAGAAGCUUAGUAGGUAUUACUUUGGCAACUUCGUCGGUGAUUUGGUCGAGUAUGUCGGCUUCGAGGUUGUUUGUGACUGUGCCCGGGAAGUGGAAACAGCAGCCGUUGGUGGCGUAUCCAUGUGCCGUGGUGGCCGCAAUUUAUGUGUUAAUAUUGAUGUUUUAAUUAGAAAUAAAAAAACUAUACAUCUU